AUGACAAAAAUAGCUGGCACAAGGCGAGCACGCAAUCAAGCUACAUCUCUUGCUAUACCACGUCAAAACUCUAUAACUGAUAAUAGCAAGACUCGUCAAAAUUUAAGUCCAGAAGUUCUGGCGUCUAUGAGUAAGGAACAACUCAGAGCUGAAUGCAGAAAACGAGGCCAACGGACUACAGGCAACAAAAAUGAACUGCUAUCCCGUUUGGGAUACUACAAACUGGCGGCCGCAGUUCAAGUAGAGACGGAGCAGCGUUCGAGGAACGGUUUGCACUCACCUCCUAAGGAGAUCAAAACAAAAGCCGCUUUAAUGGAUACGGAAAGUUUGGUACUAUGGCGGAAACCUUUUACGACGCUGGAAUAUUUUUUUAGAGAACUACUUAUAUUGUGCUCUACGGGUUUAAAGAGAUUGUUAGCAUACAAAGUACUAGCCCUAUUUAUAUUUCUAACGAUCAUAAAUAUCGCCUUCUCCUACCACAUCAAGGGCCCGCACCAACCUUACGUUCAGGAUGCCGUUCAAACCCUCGCUUGGUGGGGAUGGUGGGUGAUAUUGGGUGUUUGUAGCUCAGUAGGUCUCGGUACUGGGCUUCAUACAUUCCUAUUAUACCUUGGACCACAUAUAGCGAGGGUCACACUAGCAGCGUACGAGUGUGGAAGCUUGAACUUCCCAUCACCGCCGUACCCUAAUGAUAUAAUAUGUCCGAGCGAGGUGGAUCCCAACAAUGCGGUGUCUAUAUGGAACAUAAUGGCUAAAGUCCGUAUAGAAUCUAUGAUGUGGGGCGUUGGUACGGCUUUGGGUGAACUGCCUCCAUACUUCAUGGCACGAGCUGCUAGGAUCUCUGGAGGUAGCGUCGAAGGUCUCAACGAAAAAGACGAUUCUAGAACCGGGAGGGCGAAGGUAAUGAUUCAGAAGUUGGUGCAGAAAGUCGGUUUCGCUGGUAUAUUGGCGUGUGCUUCAAUACCAAAUCCAUUGUUUGAUCUGGCCGGUUUGACAUGUGGUCACUUUUUGGUACCAUUUUGGACGUUCUUUGGAGCUACGGUCCUUGGUAAAGCCGUGGUCAAAAUGCAUCUGCAAAAGAUGUUUGUUAUCGUCGCCUUCAAUGAGACUCUAGUCGGCCAAGCUUUAUCUUGGGUUGAAAAAAUACCGUACAUAGGACCGAAACUGGAAGCUCCAUUGUUAGAAUUUCUGAGGAAUCAAAAGGCGCGUUUACACAAAAACGAUAACUCAACGUCACAAGACAACCAAGGCUCAAUACUGUCGAGCAUUUUAGAGAAAUUCGUAUUAGCAAUGGUGUUGUACUUCAUUGUUUCCAUAAUAAACGCACUAGCACAAAACUACAACAAACGCAUUACCAAGAAGAAAGGCAAAAAGAAGGAGUAA